CCCCACCCCACUCCCUCAUUCUCUUAUUCUCUUGAUCUUGCUUUCAGUGAGUCAGUCGCCUGUUGGUGUUCGUAGGUGAAAGACAUUCAGUGUCAGUUGGAGAGUUAACGGAAUCAGCUGUACUGUGAGGUGGCAGUCAAAUUUCUUCAAGUAACAAAAUAAACCGAGAAUGAAAGUGCUCUGUGCAUUAUUAGCCCUCCUGGUUGUGGCCGAGGGGGUUUCAUUUUUUGAAGUUGUUCUUGAGGAAUGGAACUUAUUCAAGUUGCAACACAACAAGACAUAUUCAACUGAUAUGGAAGAAAAGUUCCGUAUGAAGAUUUUUAUGGACAAUAAGAACAAAAUUGCCAAACACAAUACCCGAUUCGAGAGGGGUCAAGUUUCGUUCAAACUGGCUAUGAAUCACUAUGGAGACAUGCUCCACCAUGAGUUUGUGUCGACUGUGAACGGGUUCAGAAGAUCCAAGAGUCCAGUAAAUGGCAUUUAUGGUGCUGCGAAACCAUCGUUCUUCAUAGAGCCGGCCAACGUGGAACUAGCAAAGUCCGUGGACUGGCGUUCAAAGGGGGCUGUCACACCUGUCAAGGAUCAAGGACACUGCGGUUCCUGCUGGUCCUUCAGCGCGACCGGAUCUUUGGAAGGACAACAUUUCCGCAAAACUGGAAAACUGGUUUCUCUGAGUGAACAGAACUUGGUUGACUGCUCCAGAAAGUACGGUAAUGAAGGCUGCAAUGGUGGACUCAUGGACAAUGCCUUCAAGUAUAUUAAAGAGAACCGUGGUAUCGACACAGAACAGUCUUACCCCUAUGAGGCUGAGGAUGAUGAAUGCCGCUACAACCCCUCUACCUCAGGAGCUACAGACAACGGGUUUGUAGACCUGCCGGAGGGCAACGAGAAGAAAUUGAUGUCAGCUGUUGCCACAAUCGGGCCAGUCAGUGUUGCCAUCGAUGCGAGUCAUGAGUCAUUCCAGUUUUACAGCCAAGGUGUGUACUACGAACCUGACUGCAGCUCUACGGAGUUGGACCAUGGCGUGUUGGUGGUCGGAUAUGGCACAGAGGGAGAAGAUGAUUACUGGCUGGUAAAGAACUCGUGGGGAUUAACUUGGGGAGACCAGGGCUAUAUCAAGAUGGCUAGGAAUAAGGACAACAACUGUGGCAUAGCUUCUUGUGCAAGCUACCCUCUUGUAUAACCUGCGACAUAGACUGAUCAACUGGCCUGUAAUUCAGGAGGCUGUGAACUACUAAUUCUCAUACGUAUACAUUUAUGGAGGCAUCUAUAUUUUUUUUUAAUACAGUAAAAUAUUUAAAAAGUAGAAUUCCCUCAUUUAAUUUGUACUGUUGGCACUAGUGUUUCCAGAUGAUAACCAAAUAAUUCAAAUCCUUUAGCUUUUAGAUGUAAACUCAAUAAGAUAUUUAGAAAUAAAUGUUUAGUUUUAUUUUAUGUAUAAGUUUUUACUAUGUGUAUUGGUAUACAGAAGUGAACAAAUUAAUUAUUUUAAGUUCUUGAAUUCUCAAUAAUCAAUAGAUUUUGUGCCAAAAUAUUUGCCUAAUCCUCUUCUACAAUAAUUUGCAUUAGAAAAUUAGAUAUUGUAAAUUGUAACAAUAAAUAAUAUCAUUGUUAGUUUAAUGGUUUAAAGAUGAGUGGUGUUUAUUUUAUACACAGUUUAUUUUCAUACACUCAUAUAGGUAUUCCAAGAAACAUUUUGUUAGCAUAUAUUACUUUAUGUAUAAGAAAUAAUCAAACACUACAUGGAAUAUUGAAGAAUAGUUUCUACUAACCUUUUACUCCAUUAAAAUAUAAUGCCAGUUUGAUAAAUGUAAUUGAUCUCUCCUACAAAAGUAUCCGUUAAUGUCAAGACUAGUGAUUGCUCAUGUAAUUAGUCACGUUAUACUUCUGUACAUUGUCAGUAAGUGUUACAUAUCCUAUAAUUAAGUAAACACUGUGUUCAUAGGUGCACUUAUGUCACCAUGUUUGGUGUUUUUAAUAAGAAAUAUGAUACUGCAUGUUGAUUUUAUAUUUUACCAAUAAAAGUGUGUAAUAAAAUUUAA